CAUACGGCGCAUCCUUCUGAGCGCAGCAUCAUAGACUUCCUUCACGACGCACAAUACUAGGCUACGGCACGGCCAGACAGACUGCCAGGAGGGUAGGCGGAGGCUGGAAGGGGGGACACAUCUAUUUUCUGUUAAUAAUAAUAAGCAGCAAAAUGAAGCGGAGAAAGAUGGUGGUAGCGGCGGGCUUCUGCCUCUCGUUCUUCACGGGCACGCUGAUGAAUUUAUUGUUCAUUCCGGGAUUCGAGCACCACGGCGAGAACCAGCAGCAGCCCGACGCGGACGCUCCUGCCGGGCUUCGCGUCGACGAGCUGCCACCCGUCGAAACGGCAACCGUCGGGCGACUCCCGGAGCUCCAGCGGCAAAUACGCGAGCGAUUGGACGAGGUUCUGCGGUACCGUCAGAAACGGGCGCACUGGGUCGGCACCGGACCGCUGGAGCGCAGGCGACUCAUGGACUUGGAGCAACGCAGCGAGUGGGAAACAUACAAAGGCAUCGGGAAACCCAAGAAUGACUAUGAUCAGUCUCAACCGACUCCCGCUGUAUCCAAAGCAACAAAAUCACACCGGGAGUUUACGCGCGAGUCGGUGCUCGGCUGCGGCAGCAUUGAUAACGUUACCAACGUCCAGUAUCUGGGCUCAGGAUACACAAAGGCGGUGUAUAAAGCGACUGUGAACAGCAGCUUCUCCGUCGCAUUAAAAUCAGUGGAUUUUGGGGGUCACGAUAUGGAGAACUGUGUGAAGAAAUACGGGUCGUCGCCAGACUGUUACAAACUCGCAUCCUUCAAAAUUGUCAAGGAAAUGACACUGAUGGAGAGCCUGCAGCACCCUAAUAUUCUCAAGCUGUACGGCUACUGCUACCAGGAUAACAACAAUAUAAAGGACACGGUGACAGCCAUCACGGAGCUGGGCAGCCCUCUGGAGAUGAUCCAGCUGCUGCAGACGCCCUGGGAGGAGAGAUUUAGGAUCUGUCUGAGUCUGAUGAGGCUGCUGUAUUAUUUGGCCCAUUCCCCGCUUGGGUCUGUCACCCUGCUGGACUUCAGGCCACGGCAGUUCGUUUUGGUGGGGGGAGUGUUGAAAGUGACCGACCUGGAUGACGCCAGUGUUGAGGAGACUCCCUGCUCCCCAUCUUCUCCUUCAGACUGUCUCAUGGAGUUCCCUGCCCGCAACUUCACCCUCCCCUGCCACAAGGGUCGUUGUGAGGGUGUCAACGAAAAGAGAAACCUCUACAAUGCUUACAGAUUUUUCUUCACCUACUUGUUACCUCACAGUGCCCCCUCAGCACUGAGACCCCUUCUGGACAAAAUCGUCAACUCUACAGGAGAGCUGAUAUGGGGCACUGACGAGACUCUGGUUCACCUUGAAAAAGAAUAUAAACAUGUGUCAGAGGCCUCGAUAGCAGCAGAAAACUACCGCUGCUGGCCGUCUUAUCAGCACGACGCAUGCCUGCUGUCAGUCUUCAGCGUCGAUGAAGCUAUUGACGUGUGUGAGAGCCAUGCCCAAUGCCGGGCCUUCGUCAUUACCAAUCAGAGCACAUGGACAGGUCAUCAGCUUGCGCUCUUCAAAACCGGUGCAGCCAGCAUGACCACGGCUCCAGGUAAACUCUCGUACAUACGACUGGGGGCAGCUGAGAGUUGAGAUGAGAAAGCGCCAUACAGUGUGGUCAGUCAUCAUCAGUAUCUUCUGAUCAUCUCCCUCUGAAGACACUCAUGUGCUGUAGUUCCUGAGGACAUGUUGCUCAGGAUUUUGGGAGGACGGUCAAAAGAGAAAGCACCUUUCAGGAAGUUCGAGACUCGCUCAGGCGGAGGUCAGCUGUCAACUAUGUGCAAUACUGCCUCUCUGAACCUGGGAUUGGACGGUGAAUAUGUUUGUGUACCUGGCAGAGAUGCAGAGAAGCUGUUUGUGCUUGUCACGGCAACAUGUGUGUGUGUGUGUGUGUUUAAUGAGUCUCUGCCCACACAGAAUCCUCUUUUAUUUGCUCUGAUAUUCAGCACUUUUUUCUCCAUGUGAAACAGGGUCUAUUUGUUGAGCUUUUAAAAGCAUUUGCUUUGAUUUUUGAAAUCUUUUCAAAUAAGUGCUCAUGAAAAAAAAGUUCUUCUGACAAUUGAUUCUAAAUGUUCACUUAGACCAGUCUAAACAAGUAAUUUAUUGGUUUAAAGAAUGAAAACACCUUUUUUAAAUUAUGAAAUAAUUUUUAAAGACUGAAGUUUCAGAUCAGCAAACAGAUCAGCAGCAAAUCUGAAAAUGUAUAUUACAAAUCAGACCCCCCCC